AUGCAGAAAUCAAAAGUUGAUAUGAGUUUUUCAACUAAUAGUCACAAUUAUGGCUAAUUAUAAGAAAUAGACAGGCCCUUUUCGGAAGAUGUUUUAUUAGAAACAGUGGAUUCUACUUAAACUUAUGCCAGGAGGGAAUACAAAAGACAAUAUUAUAAUUAAAUCACCUUUAUAAGAGCUCUUCAUCAAACUGAAGGUAGAGGAUAAUUUGAUAGAAAAUGGGAAUGUCAAUCUAAAAAGAAUAUUUUGACUACUAUAAUCUUCCCAUUUUUCACCCGAAUAGAGCAAUUAAAGAAUGUAACUUCAGUUGUUGGAUACACAAUUGUGAAACUUUAUAAGGAACUAUACAAUUUGAAUGCACAAUUGAAGUGGAUGAAUGAUAUACUUAUUAAUUGCUAAAAGUCUGUUGGUAUACUCGUAGAGUCAGAACAAAUCGACAAUAAAUAUGUAUUGUUUGUUGGAAUUGGAAUUAAUGUGAAUUGGUGUACUCAAGGAGCUACAUCACUUAAAGAAAACUUAGGAAAGGAAGUUGAUCAAAAUUAGCUAUAUUUAUUAUUGAAGGAAAGAGUCAUUAAGGCUUUGUAUGAUUUGAAUGACUUUGGUUUUGAAUAUUUAAGGGUUAGAAUGAAUAAGAUUUUAUACAAAAGAGGUUAAUUAUGUGAAUUUGUAGAUUCAAAAACUUUGCAGAAAGUUUAUUCUGGUAUUUUGGAGGGAUUGAACGAGCAAGGAGACCUAGUUAUAAGGGAUAAAGUGAAUUAUUAGCGAGCCAUUGUUGGGCUAAAUGUUAGACUGAAAGUGUGA